AUGGUGCAUUGGCAAAAAUCUCAACCUUCCGCCGCUGAUCUCAUCUCGGGUGAAGGCCAUGUCUUGACCAUGAGUUCCCGCCAAUAUGAUCCACAGGGGAAGUUACCGGUGAUGGAGAAAUCUCCGGUCAAUAUAUCGGAGAUAGGGAAAACCCAAAAGUUCGAAUUGCAAACGUCAAUACUGGAGCUGCUUGGCCUACUAACCGCCAGUGGUGGUAUUCCCGUUCAACCCGACAGUCCCAGGCCGACGAUGGCUUCCGCGGCCGCUGAUUUCACCCCUGCUCAAUACCGUGCCUUGACGAAGUUAUCGGAGGUGCUUUCCGCCCAGCUUUCUGCACAACUAUCUGCCCAGCUUUCUGCACAACUAUCGGCCCAGCUUUCUGCCCAGCAACUCCAACUGGCCGAUUCGCAGAAAUCAAUACUGGAGGAGCUUCGUUUAAUACGCUCCAGUAAUGCUACCCCGAGUCAAUCCACGACGACUCCAAAUUUCACGGUGGUUGACGACAGUCCCAACCGUGAGCCCUUUAAUCCUCACCCAAGCCCAGAGCAUGCAUCGAUCACUACACAUCAGGGGGAAGAUAGAUCUGUAUAUUUAUUGGUGUCUUUUGAUGAUAUCAAAUACACAAAUUCAAUCUAUAAAGUGACAUUCAAACAUGGAGGAGUCACUCAUGAACCCCCAGUAGUUGGACUUGUGGCAGAGUACUAUGACGGUUUUAACAUCAAGGGUGCAAGAAUUUUCAAUCGCUCCAAAUUAUACAUCAUUCCAGAGGAAGUUUAUGAUAAAAAUCGCGGGGACAAAUCUUGCAGGCCAUUAGGAUACAGCAUUGACACCAAGACUGGGUCAUAUUGUUCAUCUCUUCCUCCUAGCAUAGCCUCUAAACAAACAGGAACUCUUGUAUCUGCUUAUGACAAGCUUUACUAUGUUGCACUUCCAGGGUCCUCACCAUCAAUUAAGGAGCCCUCCUUCGAGAGAUAUGAUCCUGAUCAAGACGUUUGGGAGCGAAUGACUUCUUUUCCAUUUUAUCGUGACUAUGGGAGCCAUACGGAAAUAAUUGGUUAUGCCAUUUGUUAUGGCGUUAUUUUAUUUUCAUUAUCGGACUCUUACAUGAAUCCAUAUGUCGUUGCUUUUCAUGAGAGUAGAAACCAAUGGAAUCGAGUGACUUCUGCUUCUUAUGCUUCUUUUCGAGGGAGGGCCGUGUUUGUCGGCGACACUAUCUAUGCCUUACAUGCGCUUAUAGAGGAUGUGAUUAUAACAUUCUCAUUAAGGAUGGACAAAGGUGAAGACGGUGGCAUUGCAUAUUCCCUAAGCCCACUGUUUGUAUUGCGUGGCCUGAAGAUUGCACGUCCGCCAGUGCGAUUUAAUGAGCUUAAGACAGAGUAUUUGGUUCAUUUGGGUGACAAAGACUUUUUUCAUGUCAAGACUGGCAGUCCCAAUGAAGAAGCACUUCCCGUGGUUCAAUAUCUUUGUAUCACCACAUUUCAAAUUACUGUUGGAGAAGGAGGAAAACCUAUGAUCAGAACCAUACAUUCAACUGUUCAUCCUGUGGAUAUCAAGGGCCGUGAAUGGUUCUCACUUGAAUUCUGCUUCACACCUGAGUUCGGGGAUUAUGAACCCAUAGAAGUGGAGAGUGUGACUAGUAUGAAUCAGCCAAAACAAGAAGAAACCACUUUGGAUGAACAUGAUAAGGAGUUUUUGAUCCGCAAGGGGACUCGUAGUAAGCUUCGUGCUUGCCCGUGGCUAAGUGGGAAGCUCGAAGUAUAA